UUUUGUUUCGUAACGUGUGAUGGCUUCAUGACGAUAACAUUUUCGGAGUUAAGUACAAUAUUCUGGAAUGUCUGCUCCUCCAAAACCUUGGGAAGGAGUAGGAAUAAAUGCUAGGUCAAGUUCUGUUUCGUUUGAUUCGCCAUCUCGGCCUCCAAUAGGGUCAUCUGGUCCUAGACCGAAUGCUCUACCAAGUUCGUCCAAUUCAAGUAAAAUGGAUUCUUCCACAAGCAAUGGUACUUCUGUUGCAAAAGUACCUCCUUUGCCGCCACGACCUCAGACACAGAGGUACACAAAUGGAAUGAUGCAUGGAGGGUCGAGAUAUGGUUAUGGAGGAAGUAUGUAUGGAGGUUACAGUGGCAUGUAUGGAGGGGGAAUGGGCCUGGGAGGUUACGGAGGAAUGUAUGGAGGAGGUUAUGGGGGGUAUGGUGGGUAUGGAUUUGGCAUGAAUCGUUAUGGCAACACCAUGAACCAAUCAGGAACAAGUUCUUUUGUGAGGCAGGCAGAAGAAAGUAGCCGAGCAGCAUUUCAGUCAAUUGAAUCUAUUGUGCAGGCAUUUGGAUCUGUUGCCAUGAUGCUGGAGUCAACUCACUUUGCUAUGCAGAACACAUUUCAUGCUGUUUUAAGCAUGGCAGAUCAUUUUAGUAGACUUAGAGCUCAUCUGGUUAGCAUGCUUGGUGCAUUUACACUGUUCAAGGUCAUACGAUAUGUCUUUAGAAAGUUCAAAGCUUUAUUUGGUGUAAGCCAGGGUCUUGAAGAAGAACUUUGGAGCAGUGCAGAAACUGCUGUGGUAUCUUCAUAUGUAAAAGGUGACUCCAGGAAGCGAAGAUCAUGGCCCAUUUUACUGUUCUUUGGAGUUGUUCUUGGUACUCCACUGAUUAUAUGGAAGUUGUUACAGUCUCUGCUUAAAGAUGAGAGUAAAACCAAAGACUGGAAGACAGGAGAGGGAGACCACGUCAUUGCCAGAGCAGAGUAUGAUUUUGAUGGUGAAAAUGAUGAGGAGUUGUCUUUCUGUGCUGGGGACAUCCUUCGACUUGCUCCCAAGGGAAAGCAGCCACGCAUUAGAGGUUGGCUCUUGGGUAGUCUUGAUGGUAGCAGUGAAGGAAUUAUACCUGCUAAUUAUGUUAAGAUUCUGGGUCUGCGUCGUGCAAAGAUGGAACAAAAAGACUCUCAGAAAGGAAGAACUGAUGAAUCAGAGACAUCACAAACUGAUCAAAGUAGGACAUUUGAUGAUAACAUGGAUAAGGAAUCUGAUCAAAUAGUAGAGAAGACAGAUGAAGGUAGUUUGGUUCCAUCUCAGGACUUCCUCACUGAAGAUUCAUUGAAUGAAAGAACACUUGUAGAUGAUAGCUUUUCAGAUACCGAUUUUCAAAAUUUUGAUGAAGUUUAGUGCUUUCAGUUCUAUGCUUUAUUUUCACGUGAAUUUUGUUUUCGUUGUUGUUGAUUUAAGUUGAUUCCCAGUAGUCUCUUCUGUGAAGAUGUUGGCAGGAUUUUGCAGUCACACCCCUAAACCCUUUUAUUCUGAUGAGUGAUUCACAUGCAACUCGUCUGUGCAAUGUUAUUACUUUUUCUGGUCAUUGUGGAGUUCAACUCCCUGAAAAAAAACAAGUUAACCAAAUGAUGGCUGACUCAGCUGCUGGCCAACUGAUGGUCAGCAGUUAACAAAUUGUUGGCUGACAGUUUUAAGCCCACCUUCUGGCCGACAGCUUUGCCAACCAUUGGUAAAAGGGAGCUGGUCACCACAAUUAUUCAUUGUCCAAAGAAUAGUUGAUCAGCGUAUACAGAAUUAUUGUGUACUCAUCAAAAUACCUUUUUCCUGAUUGGUCAAUAACAGAUAGGUUAUAUGCUGCAAAAUGGGAUUUCUCUCAUGUUUUCUUUCAAAAGAAAGAAUGAGAAAGCUUUAGGAAAUGAUUUCACACUAAAUUGUAAGAAAAUCGAAAAAGUUUGUAACAUUUUUGGUUGGUCUGUCACAAUUGUUGUCUGAAUUGACCAAUUCGAAGAAGAGAUGAGCGUGGCAUCUGAAUUCCCAAUGGGGACUCAGAAUUUUUACUUUGUACCAUACUCGUGACACGACAAAAAAACAUCUUUCUCUAGAGAUGAGCAGUUUCUAAACCGUUGAAAUGUGAUGAUAGUAACCAGGAGCAGGGACGUGAUAGAAGCAGUGUUAUGUAAUUUUUGAAAUUUUGUUGAGAAUAUGAUGUACAAAUAAUCAAGUGCCACUGUA